CAACACCCCGGCGUCCCUGGAAGCGGGGAGCCGGGGUGGUGCCGGGGAAGCUGCGCAGACCACCCGGGAGCGGUCGUCCAUCGCCUCCCGGUGCAGGGGGCAGGUGUUCGAGCCCAGAACAAUCAUGGCCGGAAGACCCAUCCGCAUAGGAGACCAGCUGGUUCUGGAGGAGGAUUAUGAUGAGACGUAUAUCCCCAGUGAGCAAGAAAUUCUUGAAUUCGCCAGAGAGAUUGGUAUUGAUCCCAUCAAGGAGCCAGAACUGAUGUGGCUGGCGCGGGAGGGCAUUGUGGCCCCGCUGCCUGUGGAGUGGAAGCCCUGCCAGGACAUCACAGGUGAUAUUUACUACUUCAACUUUGCCAACGGGCAGUCCACGUGGGACCAUCCGUGUGACGAGCACUAUCGGAACUUGGUGAUCCAGGAGCGGGGGAAGCUGUCAACUCCAGGAGCCAUUAAGAAGAAAGACAAGAAAAAGAAAAAGGACAAGAAAGACAAGAAGGACAAAGAGACCUCCAAAAGCCUGCUGGAGACACAGCCUGAGCAGGGACUUCUGCCGCCUCCUUCCUUUCUCCGCGGCUCGUCCCCUGUCCCAGCACCUGGCCUUGCUGAUCUGGACCUAGAGCAAGAGACGCAGGCUAGAAGUGAGGGCUCCUCUAAGAAAGGGAUGAGCCCAUGCAUGCUGGGUGACAUCCCCUGGCCUCUCGUGGGCACCCUGCCUGGCAAGCUACAGCCACUCUCCAAAGGCCAAGCUUCCCGAACCAACUACAUCUUUGCCGACGUGGAGAGAAUCUUAGGUAGGGCCCCGGCCCUGUGCAGGACAGAAUUGGGUGAUCAGCAGGGUCUGGGGAAACCCCAGAAGUUGACAGAGAAAAUCUACCUGGGGUUUUCAGACCCUGAAAUAGAAGAUCUGGAACUGAGGACCAGACAGCCUCUGGGCGCCAAGAACACCGGGCCCCUCCAGCACGGGCAGGAUGUUCUGGAAGGCAGGAGCCAGGCCUCUGUCCAUUCAGAGCUUUCUGAAACUAGCAGAGGCCCACAGCUGAAAGGGGAGCAGCAUGGCCACCACAUGGCCAAAUGGGGCUCCACUGGCCCCGGGGGCGACAAGAGCCAGAGCCCCAUUCCCUCACCAUCCCCUGAGGAGGACCCCUCCGGGUCCCCCUGUUCCUCUGACCACAUGCCACCUGCCAGGAAGAGCCUGUUGCUCUUGUUAGAUAGUAGCCUAGCCAAAGGCCUGAGCUGGCAGGGAGUUCCUGAGGAAGGCGGGAGUAUGGGCAGGGGGAGGAGGAGAAAAGAGCCCCCAGGAUUGUGGAUGGGACAGGUGUCCAAGCUUGUUAACGCAGAUGGCCCUGGGAGCUGUAAGGAGACAGAACCCAGUGACCCUGAGGCUCCAGGGACCUCAGCUAAAGAGCCACCUCGGGAACUCUUCCUAAUGCCACCUGAUCCGCUGCCAUUAGAGCCAGCCCAGAGUGUCCCUUCAGGGAGUUCCCCCAGAGGGUCCCCUACCAGUGAGAAGGGACAACCCCCAGCGUCUCCAGAGCCCCCCGAAGAAGACAGGAAGCCUAGUGAGUCUGAGCCUGACUUGGAGAGCAGUAGCCUGGCUUCUCACCUUGGCUCUCAGAUCCUGGGUGAGGUGAACAACUUCGCCUGGGACCCGCAGAUCUCUCAGGGCUCUGGGUGGGGCAGGGGUCAGGCAGGUCCCAGCCCCAGAGCUCAGCCCACCGGCCCCUUCCUAGCGCUCCAGGGGUCCCCCGCACAGAGCUCUGCUAAGGAGCAUUCUGAGGGCGAAGACUACUCUGAGGAUCAGAAGUUCUACCAACACAUCCUUCAGAUGGUCAAGAUCUCCAAGCGGCUGGAGGGCCUGGGGCUGCCCGAGAGCACGCGGGAGGUGCCGUGUAAAGCUGUCGGCAGCACGGUCUGCUGCAUGGCGCCCGAGUCUCCCAGGAUGUCUAGUGAGGGUGAGCACAAGGCCAUCGGAGCCAUGGAGAGGGACUCGAGGCCUCUGGCUUGGGAGCCGGAGGUGCUGGUGCGUUCUCUGGAGGUGGCUCUCGCCCCCGCCGGGCAGGAGGCCUGUCAGCAAGCCUGCUUCCAGCCAAGCAGCAGCCCCCUCAGGGAGGGGCCAGUCGAGCUGCAUUCCGACAGAGGGCUUGCUGCAGAGCCGGGCGCGACACAGCUUCUCAACCAGGCCCUGGGCUCCUCGUUAGCCCCAGUCCACGUCCCUCUUGGGGGCCUGGCUCCCUUAAGAGGCCUCACGGAUGCCCCGGCCUCUGCUCUUCGUGGAUCGCAAAGUGUGAGCCUGGGGAGCUCAGCGGAGUCUGGUCAGCUUGGAGAACUCACACUGCCUCCACAGGGUCUCAGGACUUCUGAUUACACGAAGGGUCUCUUGGGCUCCAUCCACGAGGACAAGAAAGCUCUCAGCUUCUUGGCUUUAGGGGAGGAGACCAACGAGGAGGAUGAGGCAGAGAGUGACAACCAGAGUGUCUGCAGCUCAAGUGAGCUUCUUAAGAACCUGCACCUGGACAUUGGGGCGCUGGGGGGUGACUUUGAGUAUGAGGAGUCUCCAAGAACAAGCCAGCCAGAGGAGAAGGGUGCUUCUCCGGAUUCAGAGGCUGCCGGGCCCCCCACUCCCGGCAAGCUCUUCAGCCAGGAUGCAGACAGCAGUCUGAGCGCUGCCGAUGGCCCAGGGCAGCAGGGAAGAGGGGCGAGCGCCUGGCUCCUGGGGAAAGAAAAGGAUGAGGAGAGUGACCCCGGGAUGCCCAUGAGUGGGGUGGACCCCAGGGGCAGUCCGCCUGCCAAAGCCAGUGCAAAGGAGGCCCCCGAGGCCCCGGCGGAUGCGGGACAAGAGGGUUCCAGGACGGAGGCGGAAGGAGGCACCGAAGGAGGAAGGAGGCGGAAGGAGGCGCCGAAGGAGGAGGCCUCUGUCCGGAAGGAGAGCAGAUCAGACGCGAGCGAGGAGUCAGAGAUUAAUGAGCAUGUGAAGGAGCUGCAGCUGUCCGACUCCGCUGCUUCUGACCCCAAGUCCUCCCUGGGCCUGGACUUCGGUUUUCGCAGCCGGAUCUCAGAGCACCUGCUAGAUGCUGAUGUGCUUUCCCCAGUCCUGGGUCGAGCCCUCUGGGAGGCCCAGAGGCUGGGGAGAGAAGACAAGGACGGCAGCCAGUCCAGCCAGGAUGAGCCACAGAGCAAGCAGUGCAAAGGCCCGGACAGUGAUGGUGAACGCUGGGAGCAGACACACCCGCGAGGGGGCCCAGCUCGCGCCCCUGGGCCAAGCAGAUGCGGUGCUGGCUCCCGGGAGGGGUUGUCUCCUCCUCUUGUGCCUGGGAGGUCGCUCCAGAGUCCCCUCUGCAGCCAGGCCACUGAAGAAGGGCCUCCGGAGGCCUCUGAGGGGCGGCCCGAGCAGAAGUGGGCCGAGGAGCCCGGGGAGGACUCUGCCGGCAGCCCCAUCCCAGUCGGGUCCCUGAGGAGAGAGAAGAGGGCGCACCAUGCCACGCCAGGCCACGUGGGGAAUGACCAGGGUGUGUCAGGUGGCAGAAGAGGCGAGAAGGGAGAGAACGGCCUGGAGCCUUUGUCGGUGUUUCCGCAGGAAGGAAUGGGCGAGGCAGGGCGAUCCACAGAGCCCGCGGCUCCCCCAGAGCAGGCUUCGCCCAGGGCCCUGGAGGAGGCCGUGGCCCGGGAACUGGAGCAGGACCGGAGGCGGCUCCUGGAAUCGAAGCGAGAGAAGAUCCAGCAGCUCCGGGAGAAGCUGUGGCAGGAGGAGGAGGAGGAAGAGGAGGAGGAGGAGGCGGCCCUCCAGCUUCACCAGCAGAAAGAGAAGUCUCUCAGUUCCCUGAAGGAGCCGCUGCGCCAAGCCACCGAGGAAGAGGAGACUCGGAUGAGAGAGGAGGAAAGCCGGCUCCGGGCCCAGGCGCGGCCCAGCGCAGAGGCCGACGAGGGCCAGGGCAGGGCCGAGCAGGAGGCUUCCCUGCAGAGGCUGAGAGAAGAGUUCGAGUCUCUCCAGAAGGCCGAGAGGGCCAGCUUGGAAGAGAGGAACAGACGGGUGCUGGAGCAGCUCAGGGAGGACAUGGAGGCCUCGCAGAAGAGACAGCAGGCGGCCCUGAGUGCCAAGCAGGACAGGGCUCUGCAGCAGCUGAGGGAACAGCUGGAAGGGGAGAGGAAAGAAGCGGUGGCGGAGCUGGAGCGGCUCUCUUCCUCGCGGGAGGCCGAGCACAGGGAGGUGCUCUCCAGCCUCCAGAAGAAGCUGGAGGAGGCCCAGCUGCAGGAGAGCCUCAGUCGGUCAGAGCACAGGGCUCAGCAGAAGGCUCAGCAGAAGGCUCGCCAAGUGCUCGAGUAUGAGCAAGAGCUCAGCAGCCUCCUGCGAGAGAAGCGCCAGGAGGUGGAGAGGGAACAUGAGAGGAAGAUGGACAAGAUGAAGGAGGAGCACCAGCAGGUGGUGGCUGAGGCCAGAGAGCAGUAUGAAGCCGAGGAGAGGAAGCAGCGAGCUGAACUCCUGGGACACCUGACGGGUGAGCUGGAGCGCCUUCGAAGAUCGCACGAACGCGAACUAGAGGCCGUGAGGCAGACACAGGACCGGCAGCUGGAGGACUUGCGGCGGCGGCACCGGGAGCAGGAAAGGAAACUCCAAGAUUUAGAGGUGGAACUCGAAACCAGAACCAAAGAGGUCAAGGCCAGAUUGGCUCAGCUGGAUGUCCAGGAGGAGGCUGCCCGAGCAGAGAAGCAGCAGUUCCUUGAGAUGCAGAGGCAGGUUGUGCUGGAGAGCGAGGAAGCCACAGCCAACCGUCCUCACCUGGAGGAGGCCAAGGAGGAGCACACCCAUCUUUUGGAGUCAAACCGACAGCUCCGAAGGAUUCUCGAUGAGCUCUGGGCCCGCAAGUUGGAGCUGGAGUCCCAUGUGGAUGUGCUGCAGGCGCAGAGUCAGAGGCUGCAGAAACACAUCAGCGACCUGGAGGCUGAAGCUCAGAGGAAGCAGGACGUGUUGAAAGAGCUGGCAGCCAAGGAGAGCAGUGCCUCCCCGCGUUUUGAGGCAGAUCUCCGCAUCGAGGACCUGAGGAAAUCCCUUGGGACCAACCUGACCAAAGACGUUUCCUCUCCUUUCCCCCAGAACGAGGAGGAGACCGACUUGUCCUUGGACAGCGCCCGACACUACCUCUCCGCCGAGGGGCAAGCCCUCCGCAGCGCCAAGGAGUUCCUGAUGCGGCAGACCCGCUCCAUGCGGAGGCGGCAGACGGCUCUGAAGGCCGCCCGGGAGCACUGGCGCCAGGAGCUGGCCGGAGCGCAGGAGGCCGCCCAAGAGUCGCCGGGCACCGAGGCCCUGGAGGACGUGCGCAAGGACUUGGAGGAGGAGACCCGGCACCUGGAUGAGAUGAAGUCGGCUAUGCGCAAGGGCCACGAUUUGCUGAAGAGGAAAGAGGAGAAGCUGAGUCAGCUGGAGUCCUCUCUUCGGGAAGAGGCCUCAGAUGAGGACAUUCUGAGAGGCGCCCCGACCAAGAAGGUGGUGACUUUUGACCUCAGCGACACUGAAGACAUGAGCAGUGCAAGUUCUGAAUCCUACCCCCUGCCUCACUUCCACCUGACCACAAGUGCCGCCUCCUCCAAGAUCUACUACUUGAGCAGCUCCCUGCAGCGGAUCAGCAGCCAGCUGAACGGGGUCCUCCGCGUGCUGGGUGCUCUCAACACCCCCCCACCGUUCCUCGCUGCCCCGCCCCACACCCCCCGGAGCACCGCCCGGGCCGAACUCUCAGCCCAGCCACCGCGUCCACCCUCAUCCACCCGGUGGGCCUGGGACCCUGGGCUGAGCCCCAGGCUCUCCGCCUCCGUGGCUCAAACAGUGGAUGACUUUCUGGUGCAGAAGUGGCACAAGUAUUUUCCAACCAAAGUCCCAUUCCUCAGCACCGGCCCGGCCCCGCUGGAGAACAGACUGGGGUACGUGUCCGCCAGCCAGCAGCUGCGCCUCCUGCAGCCGUCCCAUCCCCACAUCCCCGAGGUGGGCGGCACUGACUUUCAGGGCAUGAUCGAGGCUAACCGGAAGUGGCUAGAACAGUACAAGAAGGACCCCAAGUCACAUCUCUUCUCUUCAGUGCCCAGGCCAGCAGCUACUUCCAGCUUCCAGCAGCUGGGCCUGGAUGGGAAUAGGCUGGACCUGUAUCACUACUGAGGCCCGAGCCUCUCCUGCACCCGGCCCAAGUGCCUGAGGAGCUGCCUGCACUCUCUUCCUCCUGAGAAAGCAGCGUCCUGCCCCGGUUGCUGCCUGCCCCCCUCAGAGGAGCCACGGCUGGGUGGAAAGGAUGGUAUGACCGGUCCCCGUGAGCUGCUCCCCGAGUCCAUACCUCUCAGGCUGCGAAGUGUGGGUGUCUGGGAGCUCCUGCGUGGACGAGGCAACGCUGGUGUGGGGCAUCGGCGCCACGGGCACCUGCAGAGGAGGAGGAGGUAUCAGGGUUGCUGCCUUCCAAGGGCCUCCCCUUGGAUCCACAAGGCACUGAGUGCUGGGACCCCUGUGGUUAUGUGGGUGUGGCCCUUAAAUCACGAGAACAACGCCCCCCUCCCACCCCACCUCCGCCAAUAUGUCUGUACCCUGGGACCAGGCUCUAAUACCUCAGCACCAGAGAGAUCAGACCUCUUUUUUUUUUUUUUUUUAAUGUCUCCUUUCUUGAGCACUUGGUCUCUCCUUUUGACUGUCUCAGGAUCAGGCCCAGAGCCCUGCCAGAGGUUGCUGGAAGCUACCACCUCCCCCCAAACUCGACUGUUGGGCCUCCUUCUGCUGGCACAGGACUGCCCUCAGGGGUGCUCCCUUCCCUCAAGCUCCUCCCCGCUAGAGUCUCAGGGUCGCAAGCACACAACUUUCAGGAAGCCGCCAAGCCCUAGGAAAAGCUGGAUGGCUUCUGGACCGCCCUGGGGAGAGUUGUGGGUGCUUGUUCCCACCCCUACGCCUCCUCCUCAGGGGCUAGGCUGCACCUGGCACUGGCAGGGAGGACUCUGAGCUCCCUGCAGUCUGCGCUUCCCAGCAGAGGACACGUACUCUGACAUCUGUCCCGCUGUUGAGAUCAAAUGCCCCUGUGUUUGUCUUGAAAGCCUCAAAGUAGCCCUUGGCCCCUCUCCUACACAGACACCAAGUCUCUGGCAGCGCUCACUCAUGCGUCAGGGACGAAGACACUGUGUACUCCUCCCCCGUACGUUAUAGGCAUCAGUCUGCCGUGGGGAGAAGAGUCCAUUUUGUUAUUAGGUCAUCCUGUGUGCUUUGGGGCUAGCUCCCAUGUUAUAACCAACUCUGGUGGCAAGCCUGUAUUUUCUACAUCAAUUAAAUCUCUGCAGGUCCAUUUGCUACAAGGCAGUUGUGUGAAUGUGUCUCCUCUUUGAAGGCCUUUGCCUCCUUCCUCUUAAUGAAGGAAGGAAGAAGUAAUCUCCACAGACCGCCUCCUAGGUGUCAGAUUUGGUCGCAAGACACCCGUCAUCUAGGUGUACAGACAAGCCUGAGGUCCUGAAUAAAUGGCUGAGGCCCCUACAAAGCCAGAGCCCCCGCACCCCAUCUCUGUGCCCCCAGAGCUCCCUGUCCUGCUGCGUCGGGAAGCCUCGGGAAGUGCUGAUGUUCCCCAUCUCUCCCCUCGACCCCUCCCUGCUCUGCCACCUACCAGCUGGAGGCUCACUGUACCAUUUCCCAACGGCCACUUGGCCUUGGUUUCCCCAUGCAGACAAAUGAAAACUAAGCCCCCUGAAGUCCUAAGCUGGCAGAGCUGGGUGGGUUUUGUUUUCUGCUCCAGUGGUGUGAGCAGCCUACAUAGUUUUGGACGUGUAGCAACAGAAUUGCUAGGAGAACCAA